AUGGGCGGUGCAGUAAGUCGAGGAACUCGAUUUUUACGUAUGUAUAAUAUCGAUAAUCGAGUCGAUAAAGUUCUAUCGAAAGAAAAACCAAUUCCUGCUCCACGACAUCCAUCUGUUGAACAAUCAAUAGAUAUUGAAAGUAAUAUCGCACCUGAAGCAAUUCAUAAAAAGAAUAAACAAUUAGUAAAUUAUUUACAUGAUGUUAAAGUCUAUUCAAGUGGUGACAAUCCAGUUAUACGCCGUGUAGGUGAUACAAGUAGUCAUCCAACAAUAUCUCCGUUAUUAAAUCGCCUCGAUGACGCAUUAGAUGAAAAUAGUCCUGAUGGUGCUUUUGGUUAUGUUGAACCACAACGUAUUCCACCUGGUCGAAUAUCAUUACGUCAAUUUCUUGCUUAUCUACAACAACAUCGUGAUUCACCGGAAGAAUAUUCUAUUGAACGUUUUAGUGAUAUGUAUACAAUUAAACCCGAAACAGCGAAGAAAGUCUUUAAAUAUCAUAGUUUAUUAGCAUUACAAGAAUUUACUCGUCAACAAAGUAAAUCACCAGCAAAAGCACCUCAUCUUGUAGCAGCUGAAAUUAUAGAAAUUGAAAGUCAAGCAGCGAGAAAACCAGGUCCUGAAACAGGCAUAACUUCAAAGUUUUAA